AUGGGGAACAGCUCUCUCUGGGAUGGUCUGAACAGCACCUGCAGCAGUGCAGGCAACAGCUGCUACCCGGACAGCAGCAUGAGGUUCAACUUCUCCUUCCAAGAGCAAGCAGCCGAUUUCUAUGUUGUCCUCCCUGUGAUUUACUCCGUGAUUUGUGCUGUUGGGCUCACAGGCAACACCGCUGUUAUCUAUGUGAUCCUCAAGGCUCCUAAGAUGAAGACUGUGACAAACAUGUUCAUCCUGAACCUUGCCAUAGCUGACGACUUGUUCACACUUGUCUUACCCAUUAAUAUUGCUGAGCACCUCCUGCACUACUGGCCCUUUGGAGAAGUCCUCUGCAAGGUCAUCUUGUCCAUUGACCACUACAACAUCUUCUCCAGUAUUUAUUUCUUAACUGUCAUGAGCAUAGACCGGUAUCUGGUCGUACUGGCCACAGUAAAGUCCAAGAGGAUGCCACAUCGUACGUACCGAGCAGCCAGGAUCGUCAGUUUGUGCAUCUGGAUCCUAGUCACCAUCAUAGUUCUUCCCUUCAUCAUCUUUGCUAAUGUCUAUGUGGAUGACCUGGAGAUCAAGAGUUGUGGUCUAAAUUUCCCCAAGCCCGAAAGGUUUUGGUUCAAAGCCAGCAGGAUCUAUACCCUCAUCCUUGGCUUCGCCAUUCCAGUAUCCACCAUCUGCAUCCUCUACACCAUGAUGCUGUACAAGCUGAGGAACAUGCACUUGAACUCUAACGCUAAAGCCCUGGACAAAGCCAAGAAGAAAGUCACUAUCAUGGUCUUCAUCGUCCUGGCCGUGUGUCUCUUCUGCUGGACCCCCUUCCACUUGGCCACCAUCGUGGCUUUGACCACUGACUUGCCCCAGACCUCCAUGGUCAUUGGCAUAUCCUACUUCAUCACCAGCCUAAGCUAUGCCAAUUCCUGCUUGAAUCCCUUCUUGUAUGCCUUCCUGGAUGACAGCUUUCGGAAAAGUUUCCGGAAGAUGCUGGAAUGCAGAACUUCUUAA